AUGCGCGGCUACAUCGUACUCCAUUUGAUCUGGGUCUGGCACUAUGCAUUCGCUAGCUGUGGCGUUUUGCAUAUUCGUGAAUUAUACAGGGAUCUACUCAACAACUACAAUAAACUUGUCAGGCCCGUGAGGAAUCCCAAAGAUAGCUUGAAGGUUGAAAUGAAAGUAUUUCUGCAACAAAUUGUUGGUCUGGAUGGGAAAAAUCAGAUUAUCGAGCUCAAUGCAUGGUUGAAAUUUAUUUGGAUAGACUAUCGGUUAGCAUGGGAUCGUUUGAAGUACGAAAAUGUGACCAGCGUGCGAUUUGCCGGAGGCGAAAAUCAGAUAUGGAGACCCGAUGUCCUACUCUACAACAGGUAUUUUUGCCUUUGCAAACUGUAGAA